AGAAUUUCCUCAAAACAAAGAUGGAAAAGAUAGAGGGUCGCGGCCGUGCACUUCUUAUUCCUAUUCCGAUGCUCGAUAAAUCCAAAUUGUCACCAUCUUUGAUACUCCCUCCCCUUCAGCUGUUUCUUCAAAUCCUUUUUCCUCUCGUCUUUUCCUUCCUUUAUUUCCCCGCGACCCCUCCCUCGCCCCCAACCUUUCCUUCUUUUCUGUUGCCAUCUUGCUGCACAAAUCUGUUAGUCCAUUGUUGAAUUGAGAAACCCCAUUCAAUUGUAUUCUAUCCUGGGUUUCUCAGAUUUCAGUGAGAAAGGUACGCACUUUUCCGGGGGAAGAAAGGGAUAUGACGCGCUAUUGGAGGAGUGGAUGGGUGCCAGAUCUUAAUCAUCUACCGCCUGUGGACGAGCCGGUUAAUGAUGGGUUAAUUGAUUUCUCCGCUUUUCCCGACUCAGGAGCGCAGAGUGGGGUUUUCGCCCGCCGGGGGCAGGGUCAUUUUGAGUUUAUCGACGAUGAGAUUGCCGUAAUCUCUCCCAGGACUUUUGCUCAGGCGAAGUGCAAUUCUACUAGAAACAUUGUUCGGAGACUCGAUGAAGGUUUUGGUGAAGCGGCACCAAGUUUCUUCAAUGCUGGGACAACAAUGUGCGAACGUUGUAAAAGGAAUACGCCAGAAGUUGAUGGCGAGCUGCUUUUGGAAUUAGGAAUCAGUAACAAGAAGGCAAAGAAUGUCCAUGGAGUCAUAUGCCCUGUCCCUGCUCCAAAAGAAUCCAUCUUCAGUUGCCCUGUAUGCAUGAGUGAUCUGAUCGAGCCAACAUCAACGAAAUGCGGCCAUAUCUUCUGUAAAGAGUGCUUAAGAAAAUCACUAGCAUCAUCAAACAAGAAAUGCCCUACCUGCAGGCAGAAGGUUGGCAGACGCGGCAUCUUCAGAGUCUAUCUUCCCAUCACAAACUGAAUGAACCGUGUGAUGCUCGGACGUUUUCUCUAAUGUUAGUAUUGUUUGCCUUUAGCUGGCCCGGUAAACUCGAUAAAUUGUAGAUUGCUUUUUCCAUCUUCAAUCUGCAAAACCAACUAUUUUGGUCGAAGUGCAGUUGGUUCGUGAAGAUUGUGUUCACUAUCUUGACUCAUGUGGAGUAAAUUAUGGAGCUCUGUUGGUGUCGAUAGCAGCCUGAACUACUUUUUGUCUGCUCGCCCGCAAAGUGCACCAUUUUCCAUUUCUAUACCAUGUGCAUAACAUGAAUUAUU